AUGACUCUACCACAGUCUCGCGCCUUCAUAACAUCACUCGUCAAAUCGCUCAACACAUCAUCAACCACAACCACAACUACACCAACAUCCAACCCUCUCAAACAAGCAACCACAGCAGAUCGAUCAGUCCUUCUAACCCUCCAUGUACUAUUUCCGAACGAACUGCUAUCAGCCCUGGAUCUCCUGGAUCGUGAACUAGUCGUCCGAUUGUCUCCAAUCUUAGAGUCUGAUGUUCCGCCACCGAAAUCAGAACAAUCUCGAGAGCCAAGCCAGGACACGAAUAUGGAACAAGACAACUCUACUACUUUAGACGAUGGAAAAGAUAGUGGCAAGACGAACCCAGAUCGUAAAAAUGCAGUCUACUACGUCCGCUCAGCACAACAAACAUCAUCGAAUUCACGUUUCAGGGAUCCAAUGGCAUCGACUAUGCACUACGAGGUCAGGACGUCGAGUUGGAGUUGCUCGUGUCCUGCAUUCGUCUUUUCUGCUUUUCCAGCAAAUUCAGCUGAUAACAAAGAGCAAGAGGAAGAUGAAGCUGCAACUGUGCAGACAGAGGAUCAAGAGUGGAUGGUUGGUGGCUUGUCUUUGGGCAAGGACGUGCCGAUGUGUAAGCAUCUACUAGCUUGCAUGUUGGCCGAGAGAGGAGGGCCGUUCGGGGGUUAUGUCAAGACGAAGGAGGUCAGUGUGGAAGAGCUUGCAGGAUGGGCUGCGGGCUGGGGUGGCUAG